CUCUUUGUAUUUUGAUGAUGAUUUAAAACCAUGAUUCAAAAGAGUUUAAUCUAUUUUUGUGCUAAGUGUGCAGGAAAAUUAAUCCAAGGUUUCUAAUCUUUCCCCACGAUUAGAAUUAACUCAUGUUCUCCUUGUUCAGAGUUCUGGGUUCGAACCAAUUUAUUUUGGUUCGAAUCAAUCCUGAACUUUUGUUUUCCGAAAAUGGUUCGAACCAUUAUUUCUGGCUUCGAAGCAAAAAAUUCUGGAAGGGGGUUGAGUGAGUUGAGAUUCAUUUGUGAGGGUUUAAUCUUGCACCCGCAAGCAAGAGGUUGUUCCGGUUUAAUCUUGCACCCGUAAGCAAGAGAUUUCUAGUGGAUUGAACUCUCGAGCAAGGAGGCUUGGGGAGUGGACGUACUCCGGGUUGGAGGAACCACUAUAAAUCGCGGCUUGAUUUUCUCUUCCCUCUCUUGUAUUUUUCUGCACUAUAUUACUCUUGUUUAUUCUGCACAAUAGCUUAUAAAUUGCAGCUUUGAUU